GCACCUCGCACCGGCACCGGCACCGGCACCGGCUCCGGCUCCGGCUCCGGCUCCGCUCGCCCCCCGCGCCGGGGCCGCCGCCGCCGCCCCUCGCAGCCCGCCCCGCCCGCCGGGACCCGCCGCCCCGGCAUGAAGGUGCUCCGGCACAAGAUCGAGCUCCUGACAGGGCUGCUGCUGCAGGAGAUGACCAUGGCAGGGCUGCACGAGCUGCGCUUCACCGAGGAGAAGCCGCUGCUGCGGGGACAGGACGCCGAGCUGGACAACUCGGAUGUCUUCCUCUCCACUGUGGACACAGACUGGAAGGAACACGACAUUGAGACCCCCUACGGGCUGCUGCACGUGGUCAUCCGGGGCUCUCCCAAGGGGAACCGCCCGGCCAUCCUGACCUACCACGAUGUGGGCCUCAACCACAAGCUUUGUUUCAACACCUUCUUCAACUACGAGGACAUGCAGGAGAUCACGAAGCACUUUGUGGUGUGCCACGUGGAUGCACCAGGACAGCAGGCAGGAGCCUCACAGUUCCCUCAGGGGUACCAGUAUCCAUCCAUGGACCAGCUGGCUGCCAUGUUACCCAGCGUGGUGCAGCAUUUCGGGUUCAAGUAUGUGAUUGGGAUCGGUGUUGGGGCAGGAGCCUACGUGCUGGCCAAGUUUGCGCUCAUCUUCCCUGACCUGGUCGAAGGGCUGGUCCUUAUGAACAUCGACCCCAAUGGCAAAGGCUGGAUUGAUUGGGCAGCUGCCAAGCUCUCCGGCCUCACCAGCACGCUGCCAGACAUUGUCCUGUCCCACCUGUUCAGCCAGGAGGAGCUGAUGAACAACACGGAGCUGGUGCAGAGUUACCGGCAGCAGAUCGGCAGUGUGGUGAACCAGUUCAACCUCCAGCUCUUCCUCAACAUGUACAACGGCCGCAGGGACCUGGACAUCAACCGGCCUGGGACUGUGCCCAAUGCCAAGACGCUGCGCUGCCCUGUGAUGCUGGUGGUCGGAGACAAUGCGCCUGCUGAGGAGGGGGUGGUGGAGUGUAACUCCAAGCUGGAUCCCACCAACACCACUUUCCUGAAGAUGGCUGACUCUGGUGGGCUGCCCCAGGUCACACAGCCAGGCAAGCUGACCGAAGCCUUCAAGUACUUCCUGCAAGGCAUGGGCUACAUCACCCACCUGAAGGAUCGGAGGCUGAGUGGAGGCACAGUGCCAUCUGCCAGCAUGACCCGCCUGGCACGCUCCCGCACGGCCUCCCUCACCAGCGCCAGCUCCGUGGAUGGCACCCGCCCGCGUGCCUGCACCCACUCGGAGAGCACCGAGGCCAUGGGGCAGAUCAACCACACCAUGGAGGUAUCGUGCUGAGGCCCACGCCCGCCGCCGACGUCUCCCUCAGAGCCAUCUCCCAUCCGUCAGCAUCCCGCCAGCACCCACCCGCCCCGUGGA